AUGAAUCCAGUUAAAAAAAGAUUUGACAGUAGAGCGAGUAAGAGGAAACAUAAAGCAGAGGAAGAUCGUAAGACUAAAUUAUUACCAUCGGUUUCAAAAUUGUUUAAGAAAGUAUCCGUAGAAAUUUCUAAUUCAAAUCCUAAUGUAAACGAAAAUUUACAAGAAACACAUCCAUGUCNAAAAGAUUUGAGAGUGGAGCGAGUAAGAGGAAACAUAAAGCAGAGGAAGAUCGUAAGACUAAAUUAUUACCAUCAGUUUCAAAAUUUUUUAAGAAAGUAUCUGUAGAAAUUUCUAAUUCAAAUCCUAAUGUAAACGAAAAUUUACAAGAAACACAUCCAUGUCUUUCGCUGUCCUCUCCAGUCAAAAUCGAACAUAUUUCUCAAAAUGUAACACCUAAUGCUAAUCUUUCGAGUACACUGGUUAACAUUAUUUCUCAAGAAAUACCCAAUACCUCUAUUUUAUCACUAGCGAAUAAUGUUCCAAAUAUUGAUAUAUUUACUAAGCUUCUAACACUUCCCAAUCCCACUGAUAUCGGUCAUUUUAAUUAUGAUAAUAAAUUAUCUGACUCGCAGAAAAAGUCUAUUGCUACUCGUGGACCAUGCCAACCUAAAGGAACAUUUUAUAGACAUUCGGAUGUAUCAAAAAAUAAAAAUUCACGAACAACAUUUCACGAAAAAUAUUAUUAUUCUGUUGAGUCAAUUACAGGAGCAAAAACUAAUAGAUUAUGGCUAUGUUAUUCAAUAAUUCGUCAAGUUGCAUAUUGCCAACCAUGUUCUCUGUUUGGUAAUAGAAUUAAAAUUAAACAAACUACGUGGCUUGAUAGUUAUGAUGACUGGGAUCAUAUAAGAAUUGCAAUUAAUCGUCAUGAAAAUUCUACAUUUCAUCUUGAGCCAUGUAAAGCUUAUAAUGUGUAUUCGAGGAAUUUAGGUAUAGACAAUCAAACAAAGAAGCAAAUAGAUUCUGAAGCUGAAUAUUGGACAGCAAUUUUAACGAGAGUAAUAGAUGUAUCUAUAACACUUGGUUGUCAAAAUUUGUCCUUUAGAGGUCAUAGGGAAGAUUCCAAUACAAAUAAUCCUGGAAAUUUUAUGGCUAUAAUUAAACUUUUGGCUAAAUAUGAUCCCAUAUUAGCAACACUUUUAGAAAAACCAAAAAGAAGCGUAAAGUAUCUCAGUCAUAAAAUCAAGAUCAAAUUAUUUCAUUAAUAGAAAUUGAAAUAAAGAAAAAUAUAUUAGCUGCUGUUACUGCUGCACCAUUUUUUUCGUUAAUUCUUGAUACAACACAAGACAUUAGUAAGAUUGACCAAGNAAAGAAUCUCAAUCAUAAAAUUCAAGAUCAAAUUAUUUCAUUAACAGAAAUCGAAAUAAAGAAAUAUAUAUUAGCUGAUGUUACUGCUACACCAUUUUUUUCGUUAAUUCUUGAUACAAAAUAAGACAUUAGUGAGAUUGACCAAGUCUCCACAAUAUAUCGAUACGUUCAUAUAGACAAAAACGAAUUAGGAAUUCCUAUAAGCAUUGAAAUAAGAGAGGACUUUAUUGGAUUUACUGAAGCCGAAGGAGGUACAGGCAGAGCAAUGGAAGAACAGUCUAUGAAGCAAUUUAAAAAAAAUGGACUUGAUAUCAUAAAAUUUAGAGAAAUUGGUUUAGACGGCGCAGCAAGUAUGAGCGGAAAAUACAAUGGUUUAAAGGCUUUUCUUCGGCAAAGACAGAAAAAAGCCAAAUACGUCCAUUGUGCAUCGCAUAAUUUAAAUUUAAUAGUAAAUGACUGUGAGAUAAUAAUAAUAAUAAAGAGAUAAUAAAGAUAUUAAGGAAAUUCGGAAAUUUUGUGGCAUGCUAGAAACUCUUACAUACAUUUUUUGGUAAUAGUAUACUUCGAUGGGCAAAAUUAAAAAAGAAAGUUGUGAAAUUACCAGAUCUCUUAAGAGAUUGUGUCCUACUCGAUGGUCUUCUAGAAUCGAUUGUUUAGUAUCACUGAAUCAUAUGUACCCAGAUAUAAUGAAGGUACUAAAUAACAUUAUAUUAACUGGCCGAACCAAAUAUGAACAAAAUGACGCUACCACACUUAAAACAUAUUUUGAGAGUUAUGAAACAGUAUUUUGAUAUUAUUGAUGUAUAAAAUAUUAUCAAAAAUAAAUAUUGCAUCAAAAAUAUUGCAGUCUCCUGGAGCUGAUAUUGGAAAGGCUGCAGAUUUGAUAACAUUAUAUUAACUGGCCGAACCAAAUAUGAACAAAAUGACGUUAUUACACUUAAAACAUAUUUUGAGAGUUAUGAAACAGUUAUUUUGAUAUUAUUGAUGUAUAAGAUAUUAUCAAAAAUAAAUAUUGCAUCAAAAAUAUUGCAGUCUCCUGGAGCUGAUAUUGGAAAGGCUGCAGAUUUGAUAAAAAGUACAUUGCAAAUUAUAGAAGCAAUUCGUAUAAAUAUUGAUAUUUUCAUUGAAGAAGCUAACGAUAAAGCAUUGAAAUGGAAUGUGACACCUCAAUUUUCAAAUAAACGAACAAUGAAAGUAAAACGUUUUUAUGAUGAGCUUUGUCAAGAUCAACGACUUUCACAAGGAUGUCAAUAUUUUAAAACACAGGUGUUUUAUAGGUGUAUUGAUACUGUUGUUACAUAAUUGCGAACACGAUAUAUUGGUCUUAAUGAAAUAAAUGAUUUAUUCAGCUGUAUUUUACAACGUGGAGUAAUAUCUGAUGAUGACAUUAUUAUUGGUGCAAAAAAAUUGGGGAUGAAUUUGAAGAUUUUAAUCCAGCUGAGCUGGCAAGGCAAAUUGAAUCAUUUAAUAUUCUGUUUUCUUCUGAGAUUGAAUCCUGUAAUAGUGUUUUUGAUAUGACUAAAUUAUUGGUUAUUGAGAAUUAUAAUCUAAUUACUAGUUUUCCAGAUCUAUUAACUACAUUUUAUUUAUUUCUUACAUUAUUCCAGUAACAGUAGCCAGUACAGAAAGGUCAUUAUCAAAGCUCAAAUUAGUUAAAAGCUACCUUAGAAAUACUAUGUCUCAAACACGUUUGAGUGGUCUUGCAAUGAUAUCAAUUGAAUAUGAACGCCCCAAAAGUUGA